GGAAGAGAUAACGAACCUUUCGCGUUUGGAUCAAGUCGGACUGUUAAUAUUCUCAGAAUGAGCUGGUGGUGGGCUAGAGCUACUGCCGCUGCAAAGAAAAAAUACGAUGACGAAGAAGCACCACCUCGAAGCCACCAAAGCGUGGGCCUGGUGAUUGGCGUGACUGGCAUCGUUGGCAACAGCCUAGCCGAAAUCCUCCCACUCCCUGACACCCCCGGUGGACCCUGGAAGGUUUAUGGCGUGGCUCGUCGCCCACGCCCUGCAUGGAACGCUAACCAUCCAGUCGAAUACAUCCAGUGCGACGUCUCUGAUUCCCAUGACACCCAACACAAGCUUUCCCAAUUAACCGAUGUCACCGACAUCUUCUAUGUCACGUGGACCAACCGACCCACUGAACCCGAGAACUGCGAGGCCAAUGGUGCCAUGUUCCGCAACGUGCUUCACGCUCUUAUCCCAAACGCUCCGAAUCUCCGCCACAUCUGCCUCCAGACCGGCGGCAAACACUACAUUGGACCCUUCGAGAAAAUGGGCAGUAUCAAAACCCUCAGUCCACCUUUUACGGAGGAUAUGCCACGUUUGAACGUGCAGAAUUUUUAUUAUACGCAAGAAGAUAUUUUAUAUGAAGAAGCUAAUGAUAAGAAAGGCCUCACUUGGUCCAUCCACCGACCCACCACAAUAUUCGGAUUCUCCCCCUAUAGCUUGAUGAACAUAGUAGGCACGCUUUGCGUAUACGCCGCUAUAUGUAAGCACGAGGGGCUUCCAUUGAAAUUUCCUGGAAGCAAAGCGGCUUGGGAGUACUACUCGGCAGCUGCGGACGCUGAUCUUAUUGCGGAGCAGCAAAUAUGGGCGGUUGUGGACCCUAAUGGUAAGAACGAAGCGUUUAAUUGCAACAACGGGGAUGUGUUCAAAUGGGAGCAUCUUUGGAAGGCGUUGGCAGAGAGAUUUGGGAUUGAGAAGUACGGAUUUAAGGAGGGUGAGAAAAUUAGCUUGGUGGAGAUGAUGAAGGACAAGGGUCAUGUGUGGGAAGAGAUAGUGAGGGAGAAUCAACUAAGACCCACAAAGUUGGAGGAUGUUGGGUUGUGGUGGUUUGCGGACUUGAUCCUGGGUGGGGGUGAUUUCUUGGGCAGUAUGAAUAAGAGCAAGGAGCUUGGAUUCUUGGGGUUCAGGAACUCUGUGAAUUCGUUCGCUACGUGGAUAGAUAAGAUGAAAGAUUCCAAGAUUUGCGUCCUUAACAAAGGCAUCCAGGUGGUCCGCAAAAUUCGUCAGGGCUUGUGUCAUCUAUGUACAUUUUUCUUCUAUUAUUUUCUGGAAUUUUUUUUUUUUGUUCUAUAUAAGUUGAAACGCGCAGAAAGCUGGUGGUGCAUAUACGACGAACCUUUGGCCUUUGGAUCAAGUGGGACCGUUAAUAGUCUCAGAAUGAGCUGGUGGUGGGAUAGAGCUACUGCCGCUUCAAAGAAGAAAUACAAUGAUGAAGAAGCACCACCUCGAAGGCACCAGAGCGUGGGCCUGGUGAUCGGCGUGACAGGCAUUGUCGGCAACAGCCUAGCCGAAAUCCUCCCACUUCCACACACCCCCGGCGGCCCCUGGAAGGUUUAUGGCGUGGCUCGUCGCCCACGCCCCGCAUGUAACGCUAACCAUCCAAUCGAAUACAUCCAGUGCGACGUCUCUGAUUCCCAUGAAACCCAAGACAAGCUUUCCCAACUAACCGAUGUCACCAACAUCUUUUAUGUCACGUGGACCAACCGACCCACUGAGGCCGAGAACUGCGAGGCCAAUGGUGCCAUGUUCCGCAAUGUGCUUCGCGCUCUUAUCCCAAACGCUCCGAAUCUCCGCCACAUCUGCCUCCAGACCGGCCUCAAACACUACGUUGGACCCUUCGAGAAACUCGGCAGGAUCAAAACCCCCAGUCCACCUUUUACGGAGGAUAUGCCACGUUUGAACGUGCAGAAUUUCUAUUAUACCCAGGAAGAUAUUUUAUAUGAAGAAGUUAAAGAAAAGAAAGGCCUCACUUGGUCCGUCCACCGACCCACCACAAUAUUCGGAUUCUCCCCCUAUAGCUUGAUGAACAUAGUAGGCACGCUUUGCGUAUACGCCGCUAUAUGUAAGCACGAGGGGCUUCCAUUGAAAUUUCCUGGAAGUAAAGCGGCUUGGGAGUACUACUCGGUGGCUUCGGACGCUGAUCUUAUUGCGGAGCAGCAAAUAUGGGCGGUGGUGGACCCUAAUGGUAAGAAUGAAGCGUUUAAUUGCAACAACGGGGACGUGUUCAAAUUGGAGCAUAUUUGGAAGGCGUUGGCGGAGAGAUUUGGGAUUGAGGAGUACGGAUUCAAGGAGGGUGAGAAAAUUAGUUUGGCAGAGAUGAUGAAGGACAAGGGUGAUGUAUGGGAAGAAAUCGUAAAGGAGAAUCAACUGGAACCCACAAAGUUGGAGGAUGUUGGGGUGUGGUGGUUUGUGGACGCGAUGCUGGUUGGGGGUGAUUUCUUGGACAGUAUGAAUAAGAGCAAGGAGCAUGGGUUCUUGGGGUUCAGAAACUCCGUGAAUUCAUUCGUUACGUGGAUAGAUAGGAUGAAAGAUUCUAAGAUUGUGCCCUAAAGAAAUCAAUGUCAAUGUUUGACGGAAUCUGCUUUUACUGUUGUAAUAUAUAUAUAUAUAUUACAACAGCAAAAGUAGAUUCCGUCUAACAUUGAUAUAUAUAUAUAUAUAUAUGUAUAUAUAUAUAUAUAUAGAAUAACCAAGCUAUGAUGCUAGGGAAGCAUGCUCUUUCGCUCUCCUUUUGUUUUCGGAAAAAUUGGCAUAAUUUAUUUUUUAAUAGCUAUUCCUUAAA